AUGGCUGACAUGAAGUUCACAUACGUCAUUUCUUGCCAACUAUAUGGGAUUCACAAAAGAUCUGGCGAUCCUCGUGCUCAGGAUAUUUUGAGACUGAUGAUCACGUACCCAUCACUUCGGGUGGCAUAUAUUGAUGAAGUCGAAGAACCAAGUAAAGAUAGGUCUAAGAAAGUCAAUCAGAAGGACCUGCCAUCUUGGGUGAAGAGAAAACCUGAAAACCAGAAUCAUGCCAUUAUCUUCACUCGUGGAGAAGGUUUACAAACAAUAGAUAUGAAUCAGGACAGUUACAUGGAAGAAGCAUUAAAGAUGAGGAACUUGCUUCAAGAAUUUCUUAAAAGGCAUGAUGGUGUCCGAUAUCCUUCAAUUCUUGGGUUGAGGGAGCACAUAUUCACUGGAAGUGUUUCAUCUCUUACUUGGUUUAUGUCUAACCAAGAAACUAGUUUUGUGACAAUUGGUGAAAGAUUGUUGGCUAACCCUCUGAAGGCUCGGUUUCAUUAUGGUCAUCCGGAUGUUUUUGAUAGAUUAUUCCACCUCACUAGAGGUGGAGUUAAUAAAGCUUCAAAGAUCAUCAACCUCAGUGAAGACAUCUUUGCUGGUUUUAAUUCUACCCUUCGGGAAGGCAAUGUGACUCACCAUGAGUACAUACAAGUUGGGAAAGGAAGAGAUGUUGGUCUUAAUCAGAUUUCUCUUUUGAAGCUAAAAUUGCUAAUGGAAAUGGCGAGCAAACGCUGA